AUAAAUUAUGGAACUUCAUCAAUUUGAUGACAAUGGCAAUCUCAUAUUUUUGUAAUGUAUUAUCAGCAGGUUUGUGGUUCAGUGUAUACAUCAUGUCGUAUCAUAUUUGAAACGGCAUGAUGCAAUUUAUUAUUUUUAUUAAGAUAUUGCUCUACAUUAACUUCUAACUAUUAAACUGAAUAUCUCUACUUGUGUUUGAUGACACAUGGUCCGUUGUGAUAACAACCCGGACAGCCCUCGACAUCUGUUAAGAGGGAAAUGAAAAUAACCUAGUUCUGCGAGCAGUAAAAGCCAGAUUGGUAUCUCCAUCUCUUCAGCAGAAUGACGGACACACGCUGUGACUUCCUCCUCCUUGUGGUUGUCCCUCCAUUUAAACGAAGGAGAAAACAGACGCACCAGGGAGAAGUGUGUGACAUAUCUGUCAAGCUUCUUCUGAAAGCAAACUUACAUACCUAGCAAAUAGGCGCAAGCGCCUGUAAAACGCACAGGCAAGUUGUACGCGUCACCGUAGAGCGAGUCACAAACGCACAACUUUGGGAAGGUGCGCACCGCUGGAUCUCAGUCCCGCUUUUUUAAUGUGUGAAGAACAGCCGGAGAGCUUGACGAUCUGUUCGCCACACGUGCAAUGCCCUCUCGUAAUCGGAGGGAAAGCGCGGCCGGAGGACAAGAGGAAGACGAAGCAACCGAGGAGGACGACAGGGACAGUCUGGUUUGGGCGAGCAAUGGAGAUGACUGACCGCAACCUGUUCCCAGAUUCAAAAGUGGACGAGAGGAAUUGCGAUGGUCUGAUUAAACGCAACGGCGGCGACACAGAGAUCACCGUUCCGCUGUCCUACGGUCUCUGUAAGAAAGUUAAUCCAAUCGAGGGCGAAAAUCUGUACAGGUUAAGGAACAGAAAGUUUUUGCUGGAGGACAAAAAGCGCCUGUGUGCAUGGGCACUUGCCACCGCGGUGUUUGGAAUAACACUUAUGAUUCUUCACAAUGAGCUGUGUCCUGUCGUUUAUCAACGGGGUUCAGUGUACGCCUUGACUAUCGGCAGCGCCAUCAGCGUCUCAACUGGCUGUCUGCUCGUCCUCAUCGUAGCCUUCCACUAUAAGGAUGUCAGGCUGUUUGUCAUCGACCACAAUCAGCUGGACUGGCGCAUCGCCAUGACCAGACCCCGUGUGCUGGGCAUCUCCCUGGAGCUGCUGGUCUGCACCAUCCACCCGGUGGUCACGUACUGGUGGAGCCCAGCAGAGGAGGAGGUGGUGGAGGAGGAGGUGGACGCCUCCUCGCUGUCCCAGUUGCUGCUUGACGGGGACCCCCCGAAGAACUUCUCCGCCCCGCUGUGCCUCUCGACGAGAAGCUUGGGGCCCCUGCGGGACGUGGAGAUCCUGCUGACGGCCAUGAUGUUCCUGAGGCUGUACCUGGUCCACAGGACCAUCCUGCUGCACAGUAAGGUGCUGCUGAACGCCUCGUACAGGACCAUCGGCUCGCUGAACAAAAUCAACUUCUCCUUCCGCUUCCUGCUCAAGGUGCUCAUGAACAAGUACCCUGCACGCACCCUGCUGGCCUUCAUCGUGAUCUUCUGGAUCUUGGCCUCCUGGACACUCACGCUGUGUGAGAGGCAGGUCCAGGAAAGGACAGGCAACAUGGACAUGGCCCUCUGGCUGACAGCCAUCACCUUCCUGACGGUGGGCUACGGCGAUGUGUCCCCCGAGACCAGGUGUGGCCGGGUGGUUUGCCUCUUCACAGGCCUCAUGGGCGUGGCCAGUACUGCCAUGAUGGUAGCUGUCAUGACGAGGAAGCUGGCUCUAAAUAAAGGAGAGAAGCAUGUCCACUUCUUCAUGACGGACAUCCAGAUCACCAAACGGGUGCGGCACGCGGCGGCCAACGUGCUGAGGGAGUGCUGGCUGCUGCACCGCACCGACGUGUCCAAGUACAGCAGCGGGCAGCACCGGCACCGCCAGAGAUGCCUGCUGGAGGCCAUCAGAGUUUUUCGAUACCUGCGAAUCAAACAGAGGAGGUUGCGGGAUCAUGCCAGCGAGAUGGUGGAUCUCCACAAGAUGCAGAUGAUCAUGCACGAUAUGAGUGCCAACUGGAACAACUCAAACCGUCAGCUGGAGCAGCGCAUCUUAUCCAUGGAGCAGAAGCUGGAGGACCUGAAUCACAGUCUACAGCAGACGUCUCAGCUGCUGACCCAGGUGGUGGGACGACAGAGCCUGGAGCACAGACACCCCCGCCUCUCCGCUCCCCACAGGUGACUUUUUCUGCCUCCAUCCCAGUAAUGGCUGCUCUUGUUUGUCCAAUUCCCUGAUGUCUUCCGCAAGCCGCACCAUGGACUUCAUUUCCCUAUAACGGUUUUUUUUCUAAGACCUUAAUUGCUCGAGACUUUUUUUAUUUUUUGGGGAAAUUCCUUUCAUUUAUAUAACAAAGUGUCUUGUGUAGAGAGGAUAUUGAGUGUAUUUAUGUCUUUGUUAUUUAUGCAUUGCGGAGAAAUGUUCACGUUCACAAACUACGCCAGGCCCUUUAUUUGUCCAGGCAGCACCACUAACGAACAACAAAAGUCAAAUCUGUGAUUGGCUUAAAGGGCUCGUACUCUUUCGAGCGACGCACGGUUGCCUGGGGAACGGGGGCAUUCCACGAUGCGUUCCCAUGUUUCCUGGAGCAAUACACAGCAGAGGUUUCACACAGUUACCAGCCGAGGAGAAGCCCCAUCUCGGACAAACACACUUUUAAGCCAUCUGGUUCUUCCUUCUUUUUCCCCAACCAAAUGGUUUGCUUUAAGCUCCAUGCGAGAGCUUCUUGUCCAUUGUGUGUUGGCUAGAACAAACAAGAUACCCAUCACAUGUUAUACUAUCAGUUGCCGUGUAUACUCAAAGAGUUGCAUCUGUUUUGCAAAAUAUGCUUGUAUAGCAGUGAUGUUUCAGAGCGCAGGUUGGCACCUUACUCCUAUAACCUAAUCACAGGAGACUAAUCAGAUGAAAAUAGUAUGAGUAACAACUUUAUUCGGGUUUAGACACCCAGAUGGUCACUUGUGUACUUUGCUUAGUUUCAAAGGUUGUUGAAUUUCAAGGCAACAACAUAGUUUUCAUUUGUCUUCAGAAGUGUCUGACAGACUCCAGUGUCCUUACUGGUAAAGUGAGGAGCCCACUGGUCAGCGACUGCCUUUCACACAUGAUGAUAAACUAACAGGAUGCUAGUGUAACUGAAAAGUACAUUAACACCCAGAAGUAGUGCAGAUAGAGAAGCAGGAGGCCAGUGAAAGGCAAUCAGAUUCCCUAAAAGGGAGUCGCCAUCUAGUGGUCAAAAGUGUGCAUUACAAGAAAAUCGUGUACUCAAUAAAAAUGUAAAUUAUACUGAUCGCUGGCACAAAUGAAAGCCAGAGGAGGGGUCUCCAUACCAACCAUACCCACCUAGAAGUGGCUGAGCACAUGUAUUAAGUCUGUGUCUCAUGAUUCUGCACAAAUGUAUACAUAUCUUGUUGGAAUGUGUGUCUACUAAGCUUCAAAAAGGUCUCCAGAGCUCACUGCACUCACUUGACCUCUUGUUGGAAUCUUUAAUAUUCCCAUUUCCAACUGGAACAUAAACUGGAUCUAUGCAAGUAUGUUGUCAGCUAUUGAUAAUUGACAAUGUGUGGCUAUGUAAUACUUAGAUAUAAUUAUGCAUGUAGUUUUGUGAGAACAGCAGAAAAGUAUGGCUGAUUCUUCAAAAUAUAAACAUUUCUAGAAAGACGUUUACAGCAUUGUUUUUGCACACGGUAUAGGCUAUACAUUGUAAAUAUGUCCAAAUAUUAAAAUACAUUGAUAAGAA